UGGUUUACUGGGGCAAAUAGGGAUAACAGAAUAUCUCGGAAUUUCACCAUAUUUGCAGUCAUGUAAAAUAAAAUAUUUUGCGGCAAAAUAUAGUUAGCGACCUAUGACACUAAAAAGCUGGCUUGUCAUCUAAACCAUGCUGAAGUGGUUUUCCACCGAUGAGGGUGGCUCUACCCAGGGGGCCCCUGGGUCCCCACAGGAAGGUGCUGGUGGUGGUGGUGGUCCCCCUCUGUCUGAGGUAACUGAGCGAUUGGCUCAUCUGGAGCAACUGGUAGCCCAGUUAAAGGAGAUGAUCAGGGAGAAAGAUGCAGCUCUCCACACUAAAGAUGAACAACUCAAGGCUGAAAAGGAGUCAUGCGAGGCCAGACUGUCUAAGAUGCGCCUCCAGAACAAGGCAAAAGUCACCUCUCUGAACUCUCAACUGGAGGAGCUCCGGAAACAGCAGAGUGUGGCUGCGGGCAAGGCUGCGCCUCUCCAGGUUAAACGGAGUAGUAGUGGUGAGGCGGGAGAGGCCGAGCUGGUCGGAGCCAGCAGGGGAAAAAUGCUCCUGCUUAAGAAGAAACUGGAGGAAUUGGAGCAGCAGCUGGCCCAGCGAGACCAGCAACUUCACCUGAAGACACAGGAACUGGAAGCCCAGAGAGAGCGUGGCAUCGAGAUGGAUGCCAUGUUGGUGGAGAGAGACAAGCGUCUUGUGGAGAAGGAGGCCUACAUUGUUCACCUGCAGAUGGCAGUAUCUGGAGAGUAUACCGUUACUGCAGCACAGCCAGUACCUCAGGACUGCAGGGAGCGUCCGGUGGAUGGUGGUGACUCUGUGCAGGAACUGCAGAUGUUGGUGCAGAGCCUGACCAAGAAAGUGGGAGUUGGAGAAGAGCGCUACAGCCUCUUGAAGGAGCAGAGUGACAGCCUCAAAGAGCUGCUGGUAAACGAGCGAGCACAGUUUGAGAAGAAGGAGAAUAUGUACAAGCAAAAUAUCCAGACGUUCAAAGACAUAAUUUUGGAAAAAGACAGCAAAUUAAUGGAGAUUAACCAGAUGCACGAGCAGGAGCUCUUCAGGCUUGCAGCCAAGUCAGAUGCAAGCUCAGAUCUUGAGCAGCUCCUGAAGGCUCUUAAACAGAAGCUACAUGAGAAGGAGGAAGUGCUACUGGGCAAAGCUCAGGUGAUUGAUGUCCUGCAGGGAGAGGUGGAUGGCAGAGACCAGCAGAUCAAGGAGCUUCACGAGCAAUUGCUGCGGCUGCAGAGCGAGCGGGAGAAUAUGCAGUCCAAGCUGGAGGCCGAAAAGCACAUCAUGCGUGCUCAAGUCCGUGACCUCAUGGAGAAGCACCAGGAGGACGUGCGCAGGGUGGCAGAGAAGCAUGAGAAGGAGAUGUCAGAAAAGGUGCAGGCUCUGCAUGAGCAGCUGGAGGUAGGGAGGCUGUCCUCAGCUCAGCAAGCGCCUGAUGGCCCACUCCCUGACAUGGCAAUGACCCAGAGACUCGAGGAACUACAAGCCCAAGCUAAACUAAAGGCAGAUGAGGCCAGCAGGUCAGAAGCCAAGUUCCUAAAGAUAAAAGCUUGGUCCAAGUCUCGCAUCAGACAAUUUGAAGAUGAGCUGAAGAAAGCUCAGUCUGGUAGUGUCGGCACUGAUCUGACCACCCUGCACAGCCGAGUUAAGGAGCUUGAGGAGGAGAGAGAGGAAAUGUUGUGUAAACGUUUACAAUACGAUGAGCUCAAGGCCAAAAAUGAUAUUCUCGAGGCUAAACUGAUUGUGUAUGAGGAACAGCAGAGAAAGAUGCAGGCAGACCUGGAACAAGUUACCAAGAGGGCUGCAUCCCAGACAAGUGAGUCUGGCAGCGUGGAUGAUGGGCAGAGCCAGGUGCUGGAGUGGCAGGACAUGGUGACCAUGGUAGCCGAAUCUGAGGCAGCACGGGACCAGGCUCGGGAGGAGAAGAACGCCUUGGCACUCCGUAUGAGCCACAUGGAGGAGGAGAGAGAGGCACUGGCCAAUCGGCAGCAGGAGUUGGAGGAGGAGCUGGCCCAGGUCAGAGGGCUCCGUCCACUAAAGGACAAGAAGCUUGGGGACUCCGCCCCCCACAGCCUGCAGGAGCACUUUGAGUUUGAUGGCAGACAGUCUUUUCCGGAUCCCCGGAGCAUUUCCAGUAUCACCACUCCCAUGGAAGGGGAGAAUAUGGGAGGUUGGUGGCCCGAGUACAGUGCCCCAGACACAGAGGGUCUGAGGUCUGUUGUGGAAGAAUUGGAGCUUGAAAGAAAUCAGCUACAGGAACAGAUCCUUGGGUUGGAGGAGAGAUGCCAGGACCUAGAGGAUCGACUGCAACUACAGGCCCGCAUUGAGGCACUACAGAAUGAGUCUGAGAGGCUUCAGUCUCAGGUGGCCAGCCUGCGGAGUCAGCAGACCAGAGAUGCUGAGAAACAUCAGCUCCUUGUCACCAGUUUGAAUGAGCAACUGAAAGGGCUAAGCAACACACAGGAGUGUCUAGAGUCUUCACUCAUGGAGAAAGAACACACACUGGCCAAAACUUCAGAGAAGCUCGAGCUCAUUGACAAUCUAAGAGACUCACUGAGACAAAAAGAGGAGCAACACAAAGAAGUGUCUGAGAAACUGCUCCAGACUGAACACAAACUGACCGAGGUGACCCAAAGGUGCAGUACCUUUGAAAAGCAGUGCACAGAAAUGAAAACAGUUGUUGCAGAACUAACACAGAAGCUGGGUGUGCUAAAAGAGAAGACACAGAAACAAGAAGCAACAAUAGAAUCACUGCAGAGCGAUUUGGAUCAGACAAAUGAUGAGUUGGACAAGUUAAACACUACACAUUUAGAAGAAAGAGCGCAACUUAUUCAAGAUCUCCAAAGCUGUGAACGAGAGAUCGACAGCCUUAAAGAUAUUAUCACAGACAAGGACACGGAAAUUUAUGCUCUUUCUGGCAAUAUGGCAGAGUAUUCAGAACAAAUCCAUGAACUUAAACAGGAGAUUAAGCAUAAACAGGAGGAUCUUGUUCGCAUCGAGAGCACCCUGGCUAAAGCAGAACAGGAAGUGCAAAUCAUUCGAGAAUCACAGUCUUGUGAUCAGCAUAUGCUUAAUACAAAGAUAGCAGAGUUAAUGGAGCAGCUGAGGGCUACGGAGGGUGACCUAAAUGAGGCCAGAAAACAGCUGGAGUCAAAGGUAGCAGAAUUUAAAGAAUUGGAAAAGCAGUUGAAAAAAGAUAAAAUGAUAAUGCAAAAUCUCCAGAUGGAGCUACAGAAGUUAAAUAUGAAUCAGCGCAAUCAUCUUUCAGAAUGUGAAACUCAGAUGUCAUUAUUAAAGGAGCAAGUGCUUGCUGCUACUCAAAAACUUAAGGAGUCUGAGGAUGCUCUCUUACAGCUCAAAGAGACCAGAAGUUCAAAUGAGAAGCUCAAAGAACAGAUAAUAGACAGGGAGCAAACGUAUGAAAAAGAAAUGAAGUCGCUCAAAGAGGAACGUAACAAGCUACUGGCAAAGGUCACAAAAUAUGAUCGUGAGCUUCAGGCUUUAUCCAGUCAGCUCCAGGUACAAUCUGACUGCCAAGAACAGGUGAAGGAGAAGCAGAAGACCAUAUCAUCACUGGAACAAAGACUUCAGAAUGAACAGGAAAAAGCAGAAAGAGAAAUAGAGAUGCUAAAUUCAAAGCUCAAGGCAAGAGAUGAUUGUAAGGAAAGUCUAGAAAAGGAACUGGCUGAAAAAUCUGAGAGCAUUUCAAAGUUAGAAGUCUGUUUAGAAUCAUUGAAAAGUGAAAACCUAACUCUUCAGAAAUCUUUGAAGGAGAAUUCUGAGGAGUUUAAUAUUCAACAGCAGCGGUUGUUUGAAGUUAAUGAAAACAUAGAUGUCUUGCAAAAUGAGAACAUCAAUUUACAGUCACAAGUGAAGACUCUCACUAAUGAGAAUCAUAAUGUUAAACAAGAACUUGAGAUCAAGCUACAGUCCCUGAUACAAAUUUCUGAGGAAAAACACUCAUUGAUGAGUAAAAUAUCUGGCCUUGAAAUUCAGCAUUUAGAAAAUCACAAAAUAAUAGAGGAAUUAAUUAAAUAUAAGAAUGAGCUAAAUAUUAGAACCACAGAACUUAACAUCCUUGAGCAAAACCAAAAGUCCCUCUCUGAAACCCUUCUGGGAAAGACAAGUGAGUGUAGUCAUCUCAGUAAGUUGCUAAAAGAGAGUGAAGAAGCAUUCAGUUGUUUACAAAACCAAAAUGAGGCCUUAAACUCUCAGGUGGACCAAUUCAAAUGUAGAAUAUUAGAGAAAGAAAAAACUGUAAGUGAGAACAAUGCACAAAUAGAUGCCCAACAGAACCAAGUUAUGCAACUUCAAGAGACUGUGACUCUACUUCAAGAACAUGAGGCUACUUUGAAAUCAGAACUACUGGAGAAACAUACCCUAUUGCAGGACCAAAUGUCUCAGCUCACUUUUUUACAGGGUGAGCUCACACAGCAAAACGAUCUUCUCUCCAACCUUCAGAGCAAGUAUGUCUCACUCAGUGGAGAAUGUACACAACUUAGUCAGAGCCUUCAAGAAAGAGAAACAGCCCUCCAAGAGAAAACUCAAGAGUGUCAAGUACACAUGCGUGAACUGAAUAAGAGCAACGAAUCUGUUGCUUCCCUCAGCAGUCAGUUGGGGAGUAUGAAUGAGCUUAAUGUGAGGUUGGAGACUGAAAAUGCUGACAUGAAAAAGUCUCUGGCAGACCUGAUGACAAAUAAGACUAAACUUACAGAUGAAAUAACUGGACUUCAUAACCAUAUUCAGGCACUGAGUGGGCAGAACCAGCAGUUACGAGCUAUGUAUGAAAAUAAGGAGAAAGAAUUGGUUGAAAUAAGGCAGGCAGAGUCUGAAAUUGAUAAAAAGGUAGCAACAACACUGGAAGAUAAUCAAAACCUUGCUUCUCAAAUCUCUCAUCUUUUUGAGCAAAAUGGCUAUCUUCAAACAGAAAACGCUGACAUUGUUAAAUCAUUGUCAGAACUAACAGCAGAAAGAAGCUCUUUAUUUGACAAAAUAUCUAGGCUUGAGAUGCAGCAUGCUGAAAGUUGUAAUACCAUAGAGUGCUUGCUUAAAGACAAAAAAGAGUUGUCUUUGAGGUCAGAAGAGCUUAGCCAAAUAAUUGAGCAGAACCAAAAGUGUUCUGAAGAAGGUUUACUUAAAAAAAAUGCUGAAUGUGCUUCUUUCUCAAAACAGCUAAAAGAGAGUGAGGAGGCAGUGAAACAUUUAAAAGAACAGGCUGAGACCUCCAAUUCUCAGUUUACCAACAGCAUUGCUCAGAAAGAGGAGUUCAUUGCAGAACAACACAUACAGAUUGAGAAAUAUCAGAGCCAGCUUGCUCAGCUGCAAGAAACACUCUCAAUACUUCAGGAGCAGACUAGUGCACUUAAGUCAGGACUGAUGGAGAAAGACAGUGUCCUACAACAGCAAUCAAAGGAAUGUAUUUCUUUGCAAGGAGAACUUGAUAAACAGAGAGAGCUCUGUACAAGCAUCCAGACUGACAAUGAGACACUGAAAGGAGAAUGUUCAACAUUGUGUAAGCUUUUGAAAGAAAAAGAAAGUACUCUGGAGCAGAAGUCUCUGGAAUGCCACAGUCACACUUUUGAACUUAACAAAAGCAAUGAGUCUGUUGUUUCACUUACGAGUGACUUGGGUGCCUUAAAUGGAAAAAUUGUAAAGCUCAAAAUGGAUAAUGCAGAUCUAAAAAUCUCUUUGGAGAGUAACUUAGCAGAAAAUGCUAUACUGAGAGAGGAACUUGCUCUGAAACAAGCUGAGUUAACGAAUCUCAAAGAUAGUAUUCAGGCACUAAAUGAGAAAAAUGAUCAAGCAAAAGCUGAACUCCAAAUUUCUGUGACAGAAAUAUCCAAAACGUUUGAAGAGGUAGCUGCCCUUCAUCGUCAGUUGGCCAACAGGGAUGUACAAAUAACCUCUUUGACACAACAGCUAGCAACUGAGUGCUCCAAAACAGACAGCUUACAGCUUGAGUUGCAACAAAGAGAAGAAUCUAUCAGGCAACAGGAGACAUUCUUGAAUCAGUUACAUGUCAAAUCUACCGAGAGUGAAGAUCAGAUCAGCAAGAAAAUGGAAGCCAUUGCCAAACUAAAGAAAGAGGCUCAGAACUUACAAAGAAUAAUGCAGAAGAAGGAUGUUGUGUUGCUUAAGAAAGAUCAAGAGAUCACUCUGCUCAGUGAAAAAAACGUGGCGGAACUGGAGGCAUCUAAAGCUCGAAUGAACUCUGACAUGGAUGUGAUUUGUAAAUUACAGGGGGAAUUGCAGGUAUUACUCGAAAAGAAUGAUUGUCUGAUGGGUUUGGUGGCUAAAAAGGAUUCUCUGUUUAAGGAGGAAGUGGAUAAGUAUCUAAGCAUAAAGACUAGUGCAGCCAAACUUGAAGAGACAGUUUUACAACUGAAUUCUGAAGUCCAGAAGUUAACCUCAGAGACUGAACAGCUCAGGACAACAGUAACUGAAAAAGAGCAGGGGAUUCUUGAUAUUAGAACUGUAUCCUCAGAAGAGAUUAACAGCUUAAAUGAAACACUGAAAGCCAAAGAUUUAGAGUGUGAAGCACUGAGACAACAAUUGUCAGACCUCAACAAAUCAGUUUUGGCUUUGAAUGCUAACCUUAGUGCCCAGUCUGCAGAAAUAACUAGACUAAAAGCAGCUCUGGAAGGAAGUGGGUGUAUUGUGGUGGGCCAAAAUAAAGCUCUUCAGGAUCUUCAGAGAAAGGCUGAUGAGGCUGCCUUGAUCAAAAAUCAGUUCAUGGAAAGUACAGAGCUAGUGUCCCAGCUGCAAGGCCAGAUUCAGGAGCUCAAAGAGGGGUCUACUGGGCUUUCCAGAGCAAUAGAAGAGAAGCAAAGUGCCUUAACCAAUCUUCAGGAUAAAUUUGCCUCCCAAGUAGAAGAACUACAGAAGGCAAAGAAUCUGCUUUCAACAAAAAAAGAAGAAAUAAUGAACCUCAACCAGGCUAUCACUGAGCGUGAUGGAAAAAUUCACAUUGCAGAGAAUAGUAUCAUGACUCUUAAGCAAGAGUCAUUGUUGUUGCAGAAUGAAAUUCAGCAGUUGCAAGUACUGAAUGCUAAUGUCUCCAUUCAAAAGGAUGAGGCAUUAGCUGCUCAAAAAAUGAAUGCUGACUCUUUAACUAUUGAGAUUGAAAGAUUAAAAUCACAGCACCUUCAAGUUGCAGCCCAGGUUGAUUCUCUAACUGAGAACCUUGAGCAAAGGGAAUUGGCUCUACGUGCUAUUGAUACUCAGUAUACUGCUCAGGUAAAACAUACAGAACAUGUAGUGUCUGAGAUGCAGCAACUAGAUGAAUUGUGCAAGAAGCUUCAAGAGGAGUUAGAUAAAGUGAGCAGUGAAAGCUCACUAAAGGAAGAGGAGGUCAACAGACUGGUUCUGGAAAAAGAGGAGCUGAGUAAGAGUUAUAGCUACCAGAUUCAGAGGAUGCAAGAACAACUUCAAAGUCAGCUGCAGUCCAGUAACAUGAAUGAAGUGAUGGAGAAAACAAAGGCAGAGAUGGAGCAACUCCAGGCUCAGGUUAGUGCCAAAGAUGAUGUAAUCAUGGGACUGAAAUCUAAAUUUCAGAGAAUUGAACAAACUCUUCAGGAGUCUGAAAAGGGGUGGCUGUCAGUUCUUGAUAGGGAAACUCAGGCUAAGAAUGUCCUUGCUGGACAGAUCCAAAAAAUUGAGAAUGAAUUGAUGUCAAAAGAUAGUAAAGUGCAUGCUCUGAAACAGGACCUAGAUUACUUAAAUGAAAAGUUGGCACAAGCAACGUUGGCCAUUAAACAAGGCUCAGAGAAGCUGAAGGAGAAAGAAUUGGAUGCUUUAGCAAGUAAAACCAAAUUGGAGGAGAUUUUAUCCACAGUUCAGGUUAAAGAACAUGAGAAUUUUGAAUUGAGACAAGCCUUACAUGAUAUGAAAACAGAGUUUAAGAAAUUGAAAGGUAGUCAGGAGUCCUUGUCAGAUAAAGUAUUGGCUUUUGAGGAAGAGAAGGUCUCUCUGCUAACCACAAUUAAACAGUUGCAAGAAAAUAGUCAGUCAUCAGCAUGUUUCCUUAGACAGCAAUUAGAUGAGCUAAGUAGAGAGCUAGAACAAAAGAAAGCUGAGUGCCUACAAAAUCAACAGAGGAGUAAGGAUGACUGUAAAAAAACUAUUUUAUUGUCUGAAAGUGUAAACAGUCUUCAAGAAAAACUCAGGGUAGAAACUGAGAAACUCAGAGAGACUAAUGUGAAACAUGAUGCACUUCUUUCUGAAAUUCAAAUGAGAAAUGAGCAGAUAAGUUGUAUGAGCAUUCAGAUCAGUCAGCAAAAAGAACUGUUAACUGGACUCAGCCAACAGUUGAAAGAGGGGAAUGCCUCAAUAACUCAGACAGUUGCAUCUGCUGCUAAUGAAAGGAUGAGACAUGAGGAACAAAAAAACAGUCUUGUUUUACAGCUGGAGGAGGCCAAAACAAGUCUGUCUGUCUCUCAAAGUGAAAUGAAAAAUAUGGAGAAGGAAAACAAGGCAUUGGUCCAAGAUCGUGAUUAUCUUAAUUCUGAAAUCAGUAAAUUAGCUAAAGAAAAAGAGGCCAUUAAGAAAAAGCUUCAUGCUGCACUCAUUGCCAGAAAAGAAUUGUUAAAGAAAAUAGAGGAACAUGAGAAUCAAAAUGCACAGCAUGUUAAGAAUGGCAUAGAAAUUUCAGCCAUGCAGGAGAAACUGGAAGAAUUAAUGACUCAAAGAACCUCUGUGAUAAAAGAGCAUGAUGCAACUGUUUCUGACCUUAAUCAGCAACUUAAACAGAAAGACAGUAAAAUUAAUGAGUUAGUUCUGCUCAUGUCAGAAAAAGAGAAAAACAUUGUACAAAUGGAGGAAGGUGCUUGUUACUUAAAAGACAGACUAAAUGAACGGGAGACAUAUUUGUCUUCCACACUUCAGAAACUAGAUGAACAGAGGCACUUAAUUGACCAGCUUCAACUUAUUAUUAAAGAAAAAAAUGCUGCAUUUGACCAGGAGAAGCAGGAAAUGAUGGUGAAAUUGGAGCAACUUAAAAACGAUGUCAUUAUGACAGAUGAAAAUAUAAGAAUUGAAACAUCAAGUCGUAUUAGAGAACUAGAAAAUGAGUUUGCCAAGUUAAAGCAAGAGAAAACAAUGCUUCAGAAGAAAGCUCAUGCAGCAUUGUUAGCCCGCAAAGAAAGUAUAAAAAAAUCCCAGGAGGCUGAGAAAAAAUAUACUGAAGAGCUUUGUGAAAUCAAGGAAAAUUACAAAGCUCUUCAGGAGCAGCACAAUCAGCAAACACGUGAGCUCCAUACUGCCCAGUUAAGUUAUGAUUGCAAGGUUCAAGAGCUAGAAAGUGCCCUACAGAGCUCAACAACUCUAAAAGAAGAGAUAGAGACCCUAAAGAGAAAUAAUGAGGAAAAACAGAGAACUCUGCAAGAUUUAAGAAUGUCCUUAACUGAACAAGAAACAAAAGCAUUAAUUGUUGAGGAGUUGGAGCAUCUUAAAUAUAACUUUGAAAAAACAACCUCUGAAUUGACCCGAAAAGAUGAAUUAUUAGUUGAGGUAGAAGCCCGAGCCAAAGAAUUUGCUGAUCAGAUUGUGGCCAUACAAUGUGAACUUGACUCUGCUGUUAGUGAGAUCAGUGAGAAGAAUGAAGAAAUUGCAAGGCAGAAGGUGUAUAUACAGUUGGCUGAGCAACAGCUUGAACAGCUACAAAAAGACAUGAUGCACCUACAGUCUGAGCAUCAAAAUCAGAUGGAUAUACUUCGUUCAUCUGUCAGAGAGCUUAAAUCUAGUUUGAUGGCGGGAGAAAAUGAGGAGUACAAGAUGAGUGAUAUUCAAAAUGAAAUUGAAAGACUUGUAGAAGAAAGAAACCGUGUAAAAACUGAGCUGGAGUCUGCAUUAGCAGAGGUCGCUCAGAAGUCAGACAAAUUACUUGCUUUGCAGAACGAGUUAACUGUAACUCAACAACAGGUUUCUCAGGAACAUUCCCAAUGGCAAGACACAAGAUCUGAAAUUGAUCAGUUGAAAGUGCAAGUGGAAGUACUACAGAAAGAAAAAGAAAGUUGCAUAUUGCAGUUUGAAAGGUCCAAACAUAAUGUUACGCUUCUUGAGUCAAUGAUAAAGCAGCUUGAAUCACAAAAUGAAGAGUUGCUUUUAAAGGUUGAAUUAACAAAUAAGACAGUCUCAGAUCAUGAGCCAUCUAUACAGUAUCGUGAGUCAGUGAGUCUGUCUUCUCAGUUAACCUGUGAGCAAAAAGAGAGUAAUAGUCUGUUACAGUUUCAGAUUCUGCUCACAGAGAAGGAAGAGCUAAUAUCUGCCCUAGAACAACAACUACAAAGGCAGAUGCAUCUCCAUGAGGUUGAAAUGGAAAAAAUGAGAAUUGAAGUUAGUGAGGUUCAACAAAAACCACCAGUUAGGGAUGUUGGGGAAAAUAAAUCUGUAGAUCAGCUGACAAAGAAACUUCAAGCAGCCUUAAUUUCUCGUAAAGAGCUAAUGAAGGAGAAUUGGGCCAUCAAAGAACAAAUGCAGAAAGUAUCAUCACAGAAUGAACAGAUACAGACUGAGAUGUUAACACUUCAAAGCAUAGUUUCUGAAUUGAAAAGAAGGAGAAACGAUCUGGAAAGUAGCAUAUCUACCUUAAGUGUUGAGAAGCAGAAUCUUGCUGCAGAUGUGGAUCGAAUUUUGAGUGAUAAUCACAACCUGUCAGCAGCCUGUGAAAGCCUUAAACUCACUAUAGAGAACAUCACCCAACAGAAGCAAGCAUUUUCAUGCCAGCUGGAGUCCCUGAAAGACUCACAGACAGAGGAGCUAUCUGAAUGGAAAUCCAAGCAUGCAGAUUUGAAACAGGAGUAUGAAUCUCUUUUGCAAGCAUAUGAGAAUGUAAGCACAGAAAUGGAUAAAAUGAGGCAACUUCUUGAAGGGGCAAAGAGUGAAAGACAGCAAUCUCUUUUAAAGGCUCACAAAUAUGAAUCAGAAAAGGACAACCUUGGAAAGCAAGUUGCUGAACUAGAGAAAGAAAAUGACAAAGUUAAAGAAAAAAUGAGAAAGUUUGCCAAGUUAAAGCAACAAAAGAUCGAGGAGCUUGAGCAGGAAAAUGCAAAGAUUAGAAAGGACUUGAUCUCAUUUGAUGACCAACAGAAACGCACUGUUGAUGAAUUAACAGUGAGAAAUAAGCAAUUGGAGAGUGAAAUGAGGUCCCUGCAAGAAUCAUCAGAGGAGCUCCGAGGGAAAAUGUGUGACCUUCAGCAGGAUAACCAGAACUUGGCACAGGAACUGAAAGAAACCAGCUUCUCCCUUGAGAAGUGGCACAAGGAGUCAAAAGCUACUGAAAAUAAUCUGCAGCUCAAAUUAAAUGAAGCCCUUAAUUUGAAUAACACCUUCACAUCCCAAAUUGAGGCUCAAAAAGAAGAUUUAGCUACACAGAUUGAAUUGGUUGAGUUAAUACAAAGGGAGAAGUUGAAUCUUUCUGAGAAAUUGAAACAAGCACAAAAUGACCAUGAAGUUGAACUAAUUGAGAGGAACAAAACCAUAGUGGAACUUCAACAUAUGAUUGAAGGAAACAGUCAAGAAACCCUAAGUCUGAAUGAAAAGGUUAAGAUUUUGGAAGAUGACAAAUGUCUGUUGCAGGAAGAACUUGAAAAUGUUCAAGAAACAUCUGAUAAGGUGAAAAAUGAAAAUGAAUAUUUAGAGACUGUUCUACUCAAAAAUUCCGAAAAAAUUGAUGAGAUGACUGAGGCUAUAAAUAUCUUGCAAACACAAAAUAUGCAGCUUUCAACCCAGCUACUAGAAGUCAAGGAAGAGAAGGCAAAGGUUUGCCAAGAAAAGGAGGACCAGCACCUAAACCUUGUUAAAGAAUUUGAGGUCAAACUAAAAGCACUACAAAGAGGCACAGAGGGUUCAAAAAAUAUGAAGAAGGAACUUCAAGAGCUGCUGAAAGAGAAGCAUCAAGAGAUCAAUCAUUUACAACAUGACUGUAUAAAAUACCAGGAGCUAAUUCUGAAUCUUGAAAGAUCCUUAAAGCACUCUCGGGCAGAGCAGGAAAGAAUGGAGAAAGAGCACAGAGUAAUGACUGAAAAGCUCAAUAAUUUGCAGAUAGAGAACAAGAGUCUUGAACAUGAAUUAAAGUCACACAAAAAUGCCCUUAAUGAAGCCACAAAGGAAUUGGCCAAAAUAACUUCUGAAAAAGAUGGACUUCAGCAGGAACUGACCAAAAGACAACAACAGUCUGAAAUGGAGUCAGUGGAGAAGGAGAAAAUGAUGGGAAAACUGGCUGAAGAACAACAAGCAGUUCUCAUAGAACAGAGAAACGAGUUGCAGAAACAGCUCAAUGCUUUACAAGAGAGGAAUGACAAGGAAGCCGAAGUUAUUGUAUCAUUACAAAAAAAGUUAGAAUCCAGAGAGUUGCAGAUUAAAACUCUGCAGAGAGAAGCAGAGACUAAUUCAGCCAAACUAGCUGUGUUCAGUGUAGAUCCAAUCAAUAGUGAUGCUGCAAAGCAGUGGGACAGCGUGUUCCAAAAAGUUUUACAUGACAAGGAUAGCCAGCUUCUUGAACAAGGCUUUGUUAUUACUCGGCUUUUGGAGGACAUCAGGGGAAAAGUCAGAGCACUAAAUGAUCUGCAGAUUGCCAGAAAGAAAUUAGAGAGGACAUUGAGUGAGUAUUCAGUAGCAGCUGCAGCACAUCAGAGGCAGCUCUUUAUUAUGGGUACAAGCAAUACUGAACUCGAACAAAAAGUUGAAAUACUUAACAAACAGUUAUUAGAACAGAAUGCGUUCAUUGAGAAGUUAGAGAUUGAGAAAAGCACACAUGUCAAACAACUUAAUGAGCAAAUAUGUUCAGUCUCCCAACUACAAUCCAGCCUUGAGCAUUCAGAAAAGGUGUUGGCAGACACAGAGUCUCAGCUCCUCACAGCCAAUUCUCAGUUUAGUAAGAUAAUGGUUGAUUUUGAAAGACAAGAAGCCAUUUCGUUGCACUUGAAAUCUCUCCUUCAGAACAAAGAUACAGAGAUAUCCUCUCUGUUAUCUUCAAAAGAUGGGCAGAUGUCUGACUACCUAGGGCAUCUUCAGGCUAAUCAUCGUGCUCAGGUGGCAGGGUAUGAGGACAGGUUAACUGUCCUCUAUGCCAAGCAAGAGAGCACAGAGAAAGAAUUGAGUACAUUGGAAAGCAAAGUAAGAAGUCUUCAGGCCAGAUUAGACAGAUCUGCUCAGGAAAAAGGGCAGAUGGCAACAAAUAUAAACACUUUACAGAACUCACUUGUGUCUUUGCAAGCUGAGAAGGAACAUUUGGUAUCAGAGGUAAAACAAAGCAGGACAAGUGGCAGAGAAAAGAUAGCUGAGGGCAGCUUGAGUGUAACCAAGAACAUAAAACAAGAGAUCAAGACUCUGCUCCAUCAGAUGGAUGAUCUCAAUUCAGAGAACGCCAUGCUCAAAGCACAGCUCAUUAGAUACAGGGAGGAUUUAAAUCAGGUGUUAUCUCUUAAAGACAACCAGCUGAAGGAUCUUCUCAAAAAGCAACAGGAUUCAAUUAAAAACCUUGAAAACCAAAAACAAACCGUUGAAAUGCAGCAUCGUGAUACCCUACUAGAAGUGGAGAAGGAAGGGGAGGAAAUCAAAGCCUUAAAAGUUCAGAAUUUUAAACUACAGUCUCAGGUACAAGAACUUGAAGACAGUAUAUUGGCCUUGCAUAAAGAGAGGCUGGAUACAAAUGAGAGCAAAGUGAUUACUGAUUUGCAACAGGCUGUGGCAGCCAAAGCUGCUGAAUGUAAUGAACUUCAGCAAAAAUUGUUUGCUCAAAAAGUAGCUACUGAUGACUUGAAUAAGAGUAUGAAGGAAACGAUGAAGGAGUCAGAGAGGAAAUUAGCAGAGGCUGAAGAGAAGUACAUUAAAGAACUGAAAGUUGUUGAACGUGAAGUUGACCUGAUGAGAAACGAGAGAGAGACUGCAGAACAGAGAGUUGCGGAUUUGGCCACGGACUUGAUGCAGACAGAGCAGCAAUUGUCUGAGGCUACAAUUCACAACAAAACUCUGAAGUCGCAAAAUGUAUCACUUGGCAAAGCAAUGGCAGCACUCCAAAAUGACCGGGAUCAGCUCAUUGAUGAUUUUAAGAUUUUACGCAGCAGGUACGAUGAAGAACUCAGGGAAACUACAGCAUCCAUGAAUACAUUUGAGAGACAGCUAAAUGAUGCCACCUCAGAGAUGUCUGCUCUUACCACAGAGAGGAAUGUAUUGGUCCAAAAGCUUUUGGCAUUGGAAAGCACUGACCCUCACUCCCAGUUGUUGGGGCUGGUGAAUGACCUUUCAAGAGCCAUAUCUGAAAAAGAAGCAGAACUUAAACAUGUCUCAUUGGAGAACAGCUCCUUUAGCAGGCAGGUUACUGCCUUCUCCAAAGCCAUGGCCAGUCUGCAGACUGACCGAGACAGGCUGUCGGAGGAACUCAGAAAGGUCAAGAGGGAACUUGAGUACAGACAGCAGCAAUCGAGUGCCGGCACACUUACUUCUAUCAAAGCAGAAGAGUCGAGUAGCCUUAGCGUCAGUGUUGAUGCCCUUCAGACUGAGAGGGAUGGCCUGUUUAAGGAGGUUGUAACCUUGAGGUCUCAGAACACAGAGCUUGUGGGCUUGAAGCAGGAAUAUGAUGACCAGCAGAGGGAGCUCCAGCAGGCACAGGUUUACAAGCUACAGUGUGAGAGAGAGUUUGGUGGAUGUAAGUCAGAACUGGCAGAGCUGAGGUCUGAGAAAAGCCGACUGCAGACUGAAUGUUAUGACCUCAAACAGGCCAGCAAGGAAUCAGUAGCUCUUGUAGGUAAAGAUGUAUCUUCAGAGCAGCUGGUGCAGAUGCAGGCAGAGAGAGCUCAACUGCAAACUCAUGUACAGCGCUGCCUAGUGGAGCUCCAGCAGCGAGAUCUGAGCUUCCAGCAGCUCAACAACAAGCUGCAGCAGGCAGUAGAAGAGAAGGCUGCAGUGUCUGCCCAGUUGAGAGCAGUGUCUCAGACACUCCGAGACACACAGCUGAGUCUCAAUGACCUGCAGAACCGCUGCUAUUGGCUGGAGAACCAGCAUCAGACCAACCAUGCUCCUACUCUGGACUCUGUACGUAUGGAGGUCGCACCUGGAGCUCCUCAGGAAAAGAGCAGUGCUGUGGGAGAUCUGGAUGGCCUGGACAUCAGAGAGCUCAGGAGCAGACUGACAGAUGCAGAGCUCCAGCUUGACGCUGCCCAACAGAAUGUAUCUCAGCUCAAUGAUAGGCUGGAAGACGAGAGGGCUAGGAGAGAAGCGGUUGAAGAAGCGCUGGGAUUGGCUAAGGAAAGGACUAAGAGCAUGGUAGCCAGUCCCUCCCGGUCUUCUGAAAGAGAUUUUAGUAUCCAACUGGAGACUGAUGAUGAGUGGGAAGCUCUGAUUUUAGAUCCCAACCAGCAUGUUCUCAUGCGCAAGAUGAAGACAGGAGUUCACUCAUGCAGGCGCUGGUUAAGAGGCCGGAGUAUAUACUGCUCCAAGUUGCUGACGUCCAGGGCCAAGUCCCGCUACCUGUUCCUGACAUAUCUGCUUGCUCUACACAUACUAGUCUUCAUGUGCUUGAGUGGCACUCUCUAGAGGACUAAUGACAACCAGCAGUCACUCACAACCACAAAGACUACAGUGUGAGGUCUGUUCCAUAGCAGAAUGGUCAGUGGCCCAUCAAAGCAUGAGCUCUUAAAUUUCUCUUGUGUAGCAACUGCACUGGACGUGGUGCAACUUAAUUAAUAGUGAUGGUUACUGAAUUCUGGAUGGAUGUUCCAACUGCAUAUAGCAGGUUACAUGUGGUGGAAGACCACACACAGGAGUCUUCAACAACAAUAAAAAACACCCAGGAGUACAGUGUAAUACCCUGUUAUGACAGCCUCCCUCUUACCCUGUAAUUUGGCGUCCAUUUUACUGUGACUGUCAUUGGUUAAAUGUGUCCAUAAGAGAUUUGCACAAUGCACACCCAGUCUGUGUCUUACUCUGGGUUUGUUUGUGCUGCUUCUUCUCUUCAACCCUUUACCAAUCUCAGAGACAGUGAAAACAAACAUGUGCACGCACACAGACACGAACACGUUUAGGUAUCCUGUGAAUUUUACAUGUAACAUGAAGCUAGGAGUCUGUAUCAUUUUUGCUGCUUAUGAGGUUAUGCACUGAACUCUCUAUUUAUAGAUUCAAUUUCCAAAUAAUUCAGGAGGGCUUUCUUUCACCCUUACCAUAGGGUGAAGAGUGUGUGUGAGUGUGCAUGUGUGUAUGACCAAGAGGGACUGAUGAAGAUGGUUGGUUUUACUACAGAUAAACAAGAGAGAAUUAUACCUUAGAAGUGAGAUAUUUAAAUAAAUUAAUAUUUAUUGCACUAGAUGUAUGAAUUCUGAAAUAUAUUUUGAUUUUGUGCCUGAUACCUUUGCAUUUCUAUUGUAGUUACUUCAAUACUGUGUAAUUUCCCUAUACUGAACGGUACUGCAGCUUUAGCGUAGCCCUUUCUGAACCUUUGCAUCUCCAAACCCUACAAAAGGAAGAAUGCUGUGCACCAUGCUUAGCUGGUACCUUUCCCAAGAGUAACUACUGUUUAACUACAUGGGUAUUAGGGCACAUUGUGUAGGAGUAUGUUUCUGAUGUAAGCUUAAGAAGGGUGUAUGCACGAUGCACGAGUGGCAGUCUUCCCUGCUCCUGCUCCUGGACCCCUGCAUUGCACAUGUUCCUGUUUUCUUUGCUCUAACACACCUGACUCAACUGUUCAGGCAAACACAAGUUCUUAAUGACUUUGUAAUGACCAAGUGCAGUGCAGGCUCGCUCCAGGACCAAGGCUGAGAAUGCACUGCUCCAUGGUGUAAUGCUUUGUUGCUGUGUACAUAUUCUUAAUAUGUAAUGUUCGGUUCAUAGCUGUUGUAUCUACUAUGAUCUUCUCUGAUUGUUUACAUGCUGAAUUACUGUAUAAUGCUGUUGCACACAGUGGACCUGCUCCCUGGAAUCUAUGUUCCUCAUCUGUAAAUAUAUUCUGAUAAAGAGAUUAAUGGAACUUUAUGGACAUAAAAGCUGAGUGAAUUCACAUUGUCCUAUUUUAUACAUAGGGUCUAUUUUUGAGGACAAUCCCUAGACUUGGAUGAUGUCUUCUUGAAGACAAACUGCAUCUGUCCUUAGUCAGUAGGCUGAAAAGUGUGUGCAAUACCUUGGAGUUAUGCGGUUUUUGAAUGUGUGGUUGUUUUGUCAAAGCGAAAAAAUAAUUUUAAUAAAAUUGUUUGAAAACGUGA